AUGGCGCCGUCAGGUCUUCUGGAGGCCUUCGUAGGCGCAGUACAAGCCAGUGUCUCUGUCCUCCUGGUGAUCUCCUACGGCUCGCUAGCAGCCAAGCUCGGCAUGCUCUCUCCAGCCAACACCAAGGCCAUCUCGAAAGUAUGCGUUCGAAUGUUUCUGCCAGCGCUGCUCAUCACCAAGGUUGGUGCAGAGCUGCACUCGGGCUCAGCCGACAGAUAUGGCAUCAUCGUUCUCUGGGGCAUUCUCUGCCACUUUGUGAGCUUCCUCAUCGGCAUUCUUGGACACUUUGUCUUCAAGAUGCCUGAUUGGGUCACCCCGGCUCUCAUGUUCAACAAUACAGCCUCAUACCCAUUGCUGCUCAUAAGCGCGCUGCAGCAGACCGGAAUCUUGAGCUCCCUGAUUAUCACGAACGAGACAACAGACGCGGCAGUGGAGCGGGCCAAGUCAUACUUCCUCAUCUUCUCUACUGUCUCUAGCUGCCUCACCUUCGCCGUCGGGCCACGUCUUAUAGACACGGAGCACACACCUGACGAUGACGAUCACAGCGACGCGCAGUCAGAUGUGGGAGACCAGCACGAUGAAGACGAUGCAGGUGUCGACACACCGACUGAAGAGACAGGGCUGAUUAAUGGUGAUCGACUGCUUCCUUCUGCUGCGAUGGCCGGUGCGUCCAGACAAUCUUCUAACCGGCGGGCUUCCGUGAUUCCCAAAACACGAUGGAUCAAGCUGGGCCCGCGCACCAAGUGGUGGCUCCUGUUCCUGUCCGACUUCCUCAACGCGCCUCUGCUCGGGGCCAUCAUUGGCGCGGUCAUUGGGCUUGUCCCAUCCCUUCACCGAGCCUUUUUCAACGAUUCUGAACACGGCGGUAUAUUCACGGCAUGGCUCACGGCCUCCUUGAAGAAUAUUGGCACCCUCUUUGUGCCCUUGCCAGUUGUCAUCGCUGGCACGUCACUCUACUCGGCGUACAAAGGUACGGCGGAAAAGACCCAGGGCAAAUCGAGCAAGCUUCCAUGGGCUACAGUCUCGUACAUCAUGCUCGUCCGCUUCAUUCUGUGGCCAGCAGCAUCCAUCUCCCUCGUCUACCUGCUUGCAUCGAGGACAAGCAUCCUCGGGUCCGACCCAAUGCUAUGGUUCGCGAUGAUGUUGAUGCCAUGCGGACCCCCGGCGAUGAAACUCAUCACCAUGGUUCAAGUCAGCAGUGCAGAUGAUGAAGAAGAGGCCAUCAUUGCCAAGCUGCUCACGAUAUCGUAUCUCAUCUCUCCCGUCCUAUCAUUCACCGUAGUAGGCAGUCUCAAAGCGGCACAAGCAUCAAUACAAUGA